AUGGGCAACAACCUUUCUUCUACUUUCAUCCCGGAUACGUCCAAGGACGUGCUCAGCCCCACGGACCGCACCGCCGACAUCAUUCUCGGCGUCACCUGGCUGCUCGUCAUUUACGCUAUGGUCAUGAUCUGGACGACUUGUGCGCUGGUGGACCGGUGGAAGGGUCCUCAGGAUAGGAUACGGGUUGGAGGAGGAAGGGUGAUGAUGGCGUUGGUCAUGUCAGCAGCGUGGCCGGCUGUAGUGGUGUAUCUUGCCAUGGCCAAGUCGUGA